AGACCUCCUUCCUCCUGCUGAACCCCUCUCAUUACGAUUCCACUCGCUCGAAACUCCUCAAAACUAGAACUUACAAACCCAACCCACUUGACCUCAUACGCGUUUGGGCGAGACAUCGAACCUCCAGGAGCUUGGUUUCAAUCCCAAGCUACUCGGACCUAUCGAGGCCCAUUUCUUUACCAUCUACCCCUCAUAAUGGACGUGAUUCCAUCGACUACGCCAGGUGAGGCCGUGCGCAUCUCGGCGAAGAGAACAGCCGAGCUUUUCGGUCCCGAAUAUCUCAUGGUCACACCCUCCGCCUCGAACGGAUCGAUUGGUGUUUCCUACCGACGAAAAACAGAAUAUGAACAUGUGAAGGAGCUUCCUCCAGCUCUUGCCGCAAAACAAGCGCAAGCAGCCGCAGCAAGGUCGAAGCGGCCUAAGAUCAGUUCACGGUCAGAAGGAUCGGGCUCUGGGGACAAGAGUGGCGCGUCUACGGCCCUUGUAAGGAGAGGAGGUCGCGCGAGCGGCGCUGCGGGAGAUGACAAGCCAACGAGCUUAAUUCAGAGACCAUCAGCCACACGGCAACAACCUCCCGAGUGGCACGCACCAUGGAAGCUGAUGAGGGUUAUAUCGGGCCAUCUGGGAUGGGUGCGGAGUUUGGCUGUGGAACCGAAUAACGAGUGGUUUGCCAGUGGUGCUGGAGACCGGACAAUUAAGAUCUGGAAUCUUGCGACCGGUGCACUGCGGUUAACCCUUACGGGUCAUAUCUCGACUGUUCGCGGUUUAGCCGUAUCCCCGCGACACCCAUACCUCUUCUCCUGCGGUGAGGAUAAGAUGGUCAAAUGCUGGGAUCUGGAAACGAACAAGGUCAUUCGUCAUUACCACGGCCAUCUCAGUGGUGUAUACACACUUGCGCUCCACCCCCGUCUUGACCUGCUAGUAACUGGUGGUCGAGAUGGCGUCGCACGUGUGUGGGAUAUGCGCACUCGCAGCAACAUUCACGUUCUGUCCGGCCACACCGGCACUGUCGCAGAUGUACAAUGCCAAGAAGCCGACCCUCAAGUCAUUACCGGAUCUCUCGACGCGACCGUCCGCCUCUGGGAUCUCGCAGCUGGAAAGACCAUGGGCGUCCUCACUCACCACAAAAAGGGCAUUCGCAGUCUAGCCACGCACCCUCGCGAAUUCACCUUCGCAUCUGCUAGCACAGGGAGCAUCAAGCAAUGGAAGUGUCCUGGUGGCGAGUUCAUGCAGAACUUUGAAGGUCAUAACGCGAUCAUCAAUACCCUCUCCGUCAAUGAAGACAAUGUCCUCUUCUCCGGUGGUGACAACGGCUCCAUGUCCUUCUGGGACUGGAAGACGGGAUACCGCUACCAGACUAUCGAUACAACCGCCCAGCCGGGUUCGCUUGAAGCUGAAGCUGGUAUCAUGACGUCUACGUUCGAUAGGACGGGCCUGCGCUUGAUUACCGGUGAGGCGGAUAAGACUAUCAAGGUCUGGAAGCAGGAUGAUCAGGCUACGCCAGAGACUCAUCCUGUGACGUGGGCUCCAACACUGGGGAGGCAGAGAUAUUAGGGGGCCUUGGUACUUUGGUUCUGCUCCUAUGCUUUUGAUAAAAGAAUACCCUGCUUGAGGUUUUUCGUGACGGCUUGCAAUGCACAUAUGGAGUUCAGCGUUUGUGGUAUGGUUCUUCUCUUAUAUGAAAUCUAUGGAAUACAAAAUGGACUUACGCCGAUGGACUAUAUGA